UCAUUCGGAACGCCAUUUCUCCAAACAUGGCUCGCACCAUGGAAGGAAAUAUCACGGUAUUCCUGCGCCUGCAUUUUGAAACUGGCGAUGUUUGUACUGUAAAGUUCAGUUUGGUGGAAAAUAACUCAUUUAUUUCUAAAAUUCCAUAACGACUCAAUACCAUUAUGAAAUAUCAUGAAACGAGCAUCUCUGUUGUAGAUCUAUGUUUCAUGCGGCCGAAUAUAUCUAAUCGUAGCACACGGUUCCCGUGUAAGGCAGAAGUCACGUAAAAUAAGGUAGUAACUCUUGGAUAUUUUCCUUUGGCGAUAAGAAUGCAGACAAGUAACCAUUCCGGUGCAGUUACUACAGUUUCCGAUUUGAACAGCGCCACAGGUUUGAAUGGAUGCUCCGGUUUUGCUACUGCAAAUGGGCCCGGAGUGACACACGUUCCGCCUGAUAACUUCAUCUUCGAGCAAGUGGACCCCACGCGUUCAGACGGAGAUGAUGACUCUGACAGCGAACUGCCCACUGGCCACUGCGGCCAGGGACAACAGUCCACGCCCACCUCUGGCCUCAAGCCUGGAAAAAAGACAAAGGGUAGAGUCAAGAUUAAAAUGGAGUUUAUUGAGAACAAGUUGAGGCGAUACACAACCUUCAGUAAACGUAAGACUGGAAUCAUGAAGAAGGCUUAUGAGUUGUCAACACUGACUGGUACACAAGUGAUGCUGCUUGUAGCUAGUGAGACAGGACAUGUGUACACAUUUGCUACACGCAAGCUGCAGCCAAUGAUCACCAGUGACAGUGGAAAAGCACUCAUACAGACCUGUCUGAAUUCUCCGGACCCUCCACCAGGCUCCUCUGCCCAUACUACACAGGAGCAGCGCAUGAACCCUUCAGGCUUUGAGGAAACGGAGUUAACGUACAGUGUUGGAGAAGAUGACAGCAAGAUGGCCACAGCUACCCUGCAGUCAUCUCUGGACUCUCAGAGUCAGACUCCACCUGCCACGCAUGUUCCUGUUUAUACUGUUCAGCAGCAAGCAGUGGGCGGAUCAUCCUCUGCUAGUCAUGUUGUUCCUAUAUCCACGACAGUUCCACAGCUAACUGCCUACGCAAGCCAGCCCAUCACAGUUGCAGCACCACCUGUGGUAACAGCUCCUGCAACAGGUGAAAGUGGAGGAGGAGGUGGUGGUGGCAAAGUGACAGGCAUUCCUCUCCAGCUCCCUGGCCUUAUAUUGCAGACAGGAAGUGGGCAGCCCUUGACCUUUUCACCUGGACAGCUUAGUGUUUCCACUUCCACCACACAGCCACAGACAGUUUAUCGUACAGUAUCAGGUCAGCUGGUCACUGCCAUGACAAAUCAGCCCAUUACAACAGCUGCAUCUGAAACCUCAUCAGUAGCGACUCCCUCAACACUUAGCUUUUUAUCCAGUGCUGGUACAACAGCAGUAACACCAAGUCAGAUCAUCAUGUAUCAAACUCCACAAGGGGUGGUAUAUGCUACACCAACGCCCAGUGCAACACUUGGGGAUCGAACCAUCUUCAACUUCCAGCAACCUGCCACCGCCAUCUCCAUACCACAGUCAGAGAGUGGAGGACAGCAGAUUAUUACCAUACCUGUUCCUGUCUCACUUGCUAAUUCUCAACAGGUGCUGCAGCUGUCAACUGUACCUCCAGGGGAGACAAUAAUGUCAGAUAUGUCGGGACAUGUUACACCAUCAAAGAAAUCAAGAAAGUGAAAGUUGUAGAUACAGCUAAUGACUAUAUGCAAUCUUGGAGGUGAAAGGAUGGAAAUAUUUCAUAUGUUGUUACUUUUGGUGCCAAAGAGAAGGGGUACAGUGGAAAGAGUGGUUUAGUAAAUAUAAAACAGUUGAAGAGUUCAAAACAAAGGUGGUCUGUUUCUGUGCUGUCAUUUGUAGGCAGUGUACAGAACCUUUCAGGAUAUAAAAUAUUUGCAGCCACCUUAAACAGUGAUCUUUGUUAGCUCCAAGAAGGCUGUAAUUGUGUCUACAGCUGUUCUUAACUGCAGCAGCAGCAUCUCGUGCAUAUCACAGGACUGACACAAACCUGGAAUGUGAGAAAACAUGAGAAUACAAACUCGCGGAUUAGGUAAUGAUGAAAGCGUGUGUGCUGUGGUUGAGUCUGAACCCUUUGUGUAGAUGGCACCAUGGUGAUGUAGGCUGCAUGUAGAUGCGGGUUUUUUUCUAAAGUGCUUCUCUUCUUUGACUGAAACUUUAGCAAAUUGUGGUUUUGGUUUUGUUCUAGAUUUGAAAGAUGCAAAUACAGGCGGUCCUCAAGUUACGUCAGCCCCGAGUUACAAUGUUUCGUGGUUACGACACAUCUCCCAUUUACUGUAUAAAGCCUUGUUUCGACUUACAGUGGUUUUGCAUUGUAAACGUCGUAACGCCAACUUCGUGUUUGGUGUGCAUUUCAUUUCAUUAUUAAACAUAUUUUACAUAUGUUUUUUGAUAAUUACUGUGUUAGGAUAGGAUAAUUGCUUACAGUAUGUUAUUUACGUACACUAUGAGCGUAUGUUCCGACUUACAUCGAAAAUCGAUUUACGACGCGACGUAGGAACAAAACAUCGUAAGUCGAGGACCGCCUGUACAAUCCUCGCAGAAAUGGUAGAGCAGUGGCCCUUGAAGAAAAACCUGUCAGUGAAAUAUAUGUUGUGGGGUUAAAACCAAUAUGAAAAGUGCUUCAACAGUUUCAUUAAUGAUGCAUCUUGUUUAUUCCCUGAAUCAUUAACAGAUGGUUCAUUGUAAUCUUAGGGACAGAGUGUCCCAGAAGCUUAUAGCAGAACUAAGCCAGAAGCUUGAAAAUGUACAUUGCAGACCAAUGUGGUUUUCAGGGAUUGUAUUAAAGCAGGUAUUUUCAGAAAAAAAAAACAAAAACAGGUAAGUCUGAACACCUAUUCACAAGAUACUGAAAACCUGCAAAAUCCUAUAAAUUUGGAAACAAAAAAGCCACCCCCACCAAAAAAAAAAAAAAAACAAAGAAAAAAAAAACUACAGAGUCCUUUGCACAAAUGAAAUAUAUUUGUUGCUCAAGUAAACGAUUUGGCCAUCAACAGAAUUGCUCUGAUUUUGUUGAAUGCAAUUUUCAUAGCCCCCCCCUUUUUUUUUUUUUGACAGCAGGUGAUGUAGAUACAGGAUAUCAGUCUGAAAUGAUGUUUUCACAUUUGUGUGGCUUGAAGCUUUGUAGUGGGGACUGCAGUUAUGUUUCGGUAUUACAGACUUAUUGUGAAGCUGUAUCAUAUUGAGAUCAUGGUAUACCAUGGCAGCAUAAUGUAUUUGGAACUGUUGUUUUUGUGGUCAGUACUAUAAGUAAUGUGCAAAUCUGAGUUCAAAGAUGUACAUAUCCAUAUAUUAUGCAGGCACACACACAUUUCACGCUUAAACUCAAAACUGUUUCCAUCUGGACUAAGAGUUGUAUCAUUACUUGUGUUGUUUGAUGUACAUAAUUGGGACUGGCAUUUUCCUUCUAGUUGUGGACUAACUAUAAAAAGGUAGAAGACUGCACUUGCAGUGCCCGUAGAUUUUAAAGCAAAUCAUAUUUUAGUUAAUGUACAGUUGUGCCUUGCCAUUGAUGUUUUUCGUUAGACAGAUGCAAGCAUGUGGUGAAUUUUAACUGUGCUGAAAAGUCCAACAUUGUGUGAUAAUAUAUAAAUAUAAUGUACAAAUUUGAAUAAGGACAUAGGACAGUUGAUUUUUGUAUACUCUUUUAAUCAACAAAAUAUUUUGAUUGCAUUCUUGGUCAAAUGUUUAGUAAAUAUGUCUAUAGUAAUCUCGCAAUGCUGGACCCUUAGUUUCAAGGGGAUGUACAAAACAACUAUUUUUAUACAUUUUUAACUGAAACGUCUGACUGUAAAAAUUCAUAAGCCAGUGCACUUUAAGUAUCUUUUCAUGCUGAUUAUGGCAGCAAGCUAUUUAAAACCCAUCACUUAUGCCAUUAAAAGAAAAAAAUUGAUACAGAGGGUAAAUAUGGAGGGUUUCUGUGUACCCAAAUAUAGAAGGGGUGAGAUAUUCUUGUGCAGAGAGUUUUCAAGAAUUAUAAAGCCGAUGUUUUCAUCUC